AUGGCGGGGGCCGGUUUUCUGUUUAUUGGGACAGGUAAGCAGAGCCCGGGCAAAGCUAGCCCCAAGUCUCUCAAGGGCGAAGAGGUCAAGGUAUCUUCUGGAGCUACUUCAUUAUGGACGGGUAAAGGUAGAGAAGCGAAGAGGCAAAAAAGAAAAGAUAAUGGAAGUUUUGAGAGGCCACAGCUGGUUCCAAAUCCUGGCAGCCCACUCUCACUCGAAACUUGGUGCAUGGCUGACUUAGAAAGCUGGCUCUGUGACAACACAACCCUUCUCAGGAACUACGUACCCCCUCCGCAACACAAUCAGAUCAUGGAUCUCAAGAUGGCUCCUCCAGCCUUCCAUAAUUCAGUCCAUGUGUCCAUUCCGUCCCCAUCAUCGGGGGUCCCAGCAGCAGCCGAGAGCCCUACUUUAUACGACAGCCCACCAGGCAAAGGAUUCGUGGGGCCCCCGUCCUACAUCCAGGUAAAGCAAGAAGUGGAUGACUCGGUUGUUUCGGAGUACCCUAUGAAUCGCAUGGGUCCCAUGAAUGGCCAGACGACUAUUGGAUCCAUGGUCAGUGUAAAGAGAGAAGAAGAAGACGAUGGAUUUUCAAGUGAGAAAAUGGAACAGUUGAGGAAUCUGGCGGUGGAACAAGCAGCAAAAGAUAUCCAUGUAGCUUGUGGUGUCCUGGGAAUAUGUCCUGAUCCAGCGAUGUGGAGCUUGGACGAAGCCAAAUCCUGGUUACUAUGGACGCUAAAUCAAUAUGGCAUGAGUACAGACAUUGUGCAACACUUCAAUAUGGAUGGAUUAGGCCUGUCCACUCUCUCAGAAGCUUACUUCAGGCAGAAAGUGCCCAACGGUGGAGACAUCCUCUACGCACAGUUGGAAAUUUGGAAAACAGCUGCUAGUUUUCAAAGACAUAGCCCACCACCCCCACAGCAACACCAACAACAGCAACAGCCGAUGAUGGCGUUCCGACCAGAAGACAGUCUGCUGGACAUGAGCGGUCUUAUUGACCAGUGGUCAGCCUACCACAACCAACACCGUAUGUCACCCCCGGCUGGUUCCAGGAGUGGCGGAAGUCUUAUGGGAACAGUCGCCCCAGACAGCAGUAGCAGUUCUGUUGCUUCACCCGUUGGAAGCCACGAUUUCGGAAGCGAAGGUGCACAGAGUGAUGAUGACAUCAGUGAUGAAUCCUGCGAUGCUGAGCGUUGCGGGAGGUCUGGUGCAUCAGGCAGUGGAAGGCCCGGUUCUCACUCUCACAUCCACUUGUGGCAGUUUCUGAAAGAACUGCUCUGCCAGCCACACUUGUAUGGCUCAUGUAUCCGAUGGUUGGACAGGCCCAAAGGAAUCUUCAAGAUUGAGGAUUCUGUCAGAGUCGCAAGAUUGUGGGGAAAGAGGAAGAACAGACCUGCCAUGAAUUAUGACAAGCUCAGCCGCUCAAUACGUCAAUAUUACAAGAAAGGCAUAAUGAAGAAAACAGAGAGGAGCCAACGAUUGGUUUACCAAUUUUGCCAUCCGUAUGGCCUCUGAAAGAAAAGACACUCUUCUGAGCAGUUCGGUGCAGUCCGCUUCGAGUUGACUCCGGGACAGAGCUUUGCCAUAAAUGACAUCAUCCUUUAUCUUCAGCUGUUGUCCAGACUUGAUUCGUAGCAACAUCAUCUCUGCUAGAUAUCAUUCGUGGUUCUUCUUCCUCAUAGCUGGUCUACGAGAAAGAUGAAACCAUGAUCACCUGUAUUAUAGCUAUUUUUAUUGUAAAUUUAUCAUAUUUUUUCUUGAUGAAAAUACAUAUAAGUUUUAUUGUGACGUCGGUGAGGACCCAAGGGCUGGUUCCCUUCGGAGUCGGAUCCAAAAGCGUUUCCUUGUGAGGUCUCGGGUUGGGAAGGUAUGAUUCCCUGUCGCCCAUUUAGCCACACCCUCACAAGGAAGUUCAAAAUUGAGCGAUUUUAUAAUCUCGAUUUGCAUUCGCUGUAUAAUUUCACCCAUUAACUAUUUCCACUUGUGGCUAAAUUUAUUGAGCGCUGCGCUGAAUGUUCCGGUAAUCGGUCGAGUUUGGUUCUAGAACCGAAUUCCCGAUAAGGAACUGCAGUGACUCGAUGAACGUUGGUCCUAUAUAUCAGUGAUAUAUCACACGUAUGUUCUAAGAACACUACACUUGGAGGCGGUACUUAGCCUCCACAGUUAUAUUUUUUUUGUGAUGACUUUACGUAAUUCUUUUGUGUGUAACUUGGCCUUAACGUCUCUCAUACCUAUUUACCAUUACCGCCUGGUGCGGUUUUGGUACAAAAGGUAUGAGGCGUGAGCUAUCUGGUAUCCUUCUCCUAAUGGCCCACGUAUGUUCGUUCAUAUGCGGUGCCAUAACAUAGUAUUAGUUGAUUAGAUUUGGGAUACAAAAGCAGGGCCUAUAUUACAUACAUGGUUAGUUGGCAUGUCAGGAACAUGGUACUAAGAGAUUUACUGUCGGAAAAUGUUUGGUAAAAGCCAACUUGAAAAGAAGAUACUAAAUAACAUUUAGCGACAAAAUCGCUCUUUGAUAAGUUGCUUUUACCAUAUUCAAAAUUACACGCAUCAGUGACCUAUUACAACUUUUAAGAGCUUUAAUUUUUCUUGAUGCACUUUGUUUUUCAAUAAAAUGGAAUCUAUGUAUAUUUACCAAAACUUUUGGAGGCAUUUGAAACAUGAAAAUCAAGUUGAACUACCAUUUAAAAUGAAGACAAAGUUGCAAUUGUUUAGGAAAUACCUAUCUACGACCAAUUUUUUGUUUUCAAAUAAUGAAAGUGUAACAUUUAUAUGAUGUACCUAACUGGACUUUGUUUAAACUAUUUUACUAUUUUCAAAAUAAGUAGUUUUGCAAUGAAUAAAUAAUAAUUGUUUCAAAUUAUUUGUUCCAAUGUACUUUAUUGUGCACUUCUCUGAGAACCUUUAGUAUCCUUAUUUUCAUAGGAACACAUAUUUCUCUUAAAACAUUAUAUGCUAAAAAAUAAUAAUUACUGCCUGCAUUUAUAGAACUGAUGGUUUAUGAAAUGCCAACUAAACAGUUGGUAAUAUAGCACUUUUAUGGUUUGUGCUUCUUUCUAUAGUAUACUUAACGAUUCUUCACUAGGACUGUGCUAUUCUUAUUUUUAAAUUUCUAUUUUUGAAAUUGCUUAUUGGUCUAGCAUUGUUCUGUGUUGUCCUCUAACUUGUAGAAUACAAAGAAAACAUCUUGAUGAUUUUUGCUUUGUACUGUUGGUUUCUGUAUUUCUAAUACAUGGUGGUCAAUAAAAAAAG